GGGGCCCAUGCGCGUCGACGCCCUGCCGGAACACGAGGAAGCCAGCGAGGCUCUCCUCCAUGGCUACUCGACGGAAGAACUCUCGCAGGAGAUGGCGAACCUUGAAGGGCUCAUGAAGGAUCUCUCGGCUAUUACGGCGAAUCAGUUUAAUUGCUAGGACGGCAGGAGGAAAAGAGAAAGAGAAAGAAGGAAAGGAAGAGAGAAGGGAGAGAUGGAGAGGAAGAGAGAGAGAGAGAGAAGAUAAGGGAAGGGAAGAGAGAAAUCAAAGAUUAAUUGCUAGGACUUGUAGGUGCGUGGAGAAGGAUUUGAAAAAGAGUGAGAGGUUGGGAGGAAGAGAGAAAAGAGAGAAGGAAAGGAGGAGAGUGAGGAGGAGAAAGAGAGAAAACAAAUGAGAGAAGGCAGAAAAGGGAAGAGUGAAAGCAAAGAGAGAAUAAGAGGGUCUUACACAAAUGAUGUAAUCAACUUAACUGAAAAGAGGAGGAGGAAGAGAGAGGAAGGGAGAGAGAAGGAGAAGACAAUGACGAGACGAAGGAAGAGAGAGAGAGAGGGAUUCAUCGGAUACAACGAUAGCAAUGAUCGAGACCGUCUCUGGUAUUUUCCCUUCAUGAGGAUGAAGAGCUGGGUCCUCUCGUCUCAUGUGCCAAGCAGUUACCCAGACGUCAAUAUGACAGUGUGUCUGAAGAGUGUAAGAUUCACGUAUUGGAAGACGGCAAAUUUGGUCAGUUUUCCUUCAUCCUGGAAAGCGCUGUAAGCAUAAGCGGACGGUAAAUUUUACGUAUCAGGUGGUGAAUUUCUUCAUUUUUUCUUCUCCAGAAGACUAUAUAUGUGCCCCUUGUCCCUCGUAGCGUCAGGUUUUCGGGCUUUGAACCAUGUCUCCGUUCUUUACCAUACCAGGUGCCCAAACCCGAGUAAUAGCACGGUUCUCUGCUCAGUUGCCUGCCCUGGAACAUUAUUGCAAGGAAGAUUAUGUUACAGUUGCAAGGAAACAUCUCAGGGUCGCACCACCCGUGUUUCAGAUGCCUCAGAUUUUGCAACUACAACAUCGUCCUUUUUAUCGCUCCUUGUUGCUCUCAAGUCUCUUGAUUCUCAGUAAUCUUGACAUCCCUUUCUUUCGUAGCUUUUGUUUCGUCACUUUUUUUCAUUCUGUAUUCCUCACCCACUCGAGAUCUACGCGAGAUGCCAAAACACCAAUACCAACCAUGCUAUCGAACAUGAUACCAAUUACGACACCAGUUACCGCAAACAUAACUCGAGUCCUCCGUGAAAGGGAUGAAUGGCACACUGUACACGCCCGCCAACACUGCCACGCCAAGGCUGUGACGCCAUACGUAAAAUACCCUUAUACCUCCUUACUAACUUACCUAAGCCCGACUCUUAUUCCGCAAGGAGAGAGUUUUGGGGAAUUGCUCGAGGCCUGCAGCGUCUCGAGUGCCACGCCCUCAGUGCCGCGCUACCAAAGGGAAGUCGGAGAAAGGAAAAAUUCUUCAGAGGAAGUUGAAGGCCAGAUCGCAACUGAUCUGUUAAUAGGAAGAGAAAGAAGAGAAGAGAGAAGGGACAGAAGAGGAAACGUGAGAGAACCAUAAUACAAAAGAAUAUUACAAUUGCUUGGAGUUUGAGAAAGAGAGAGGAAGAGAGGAAAAGGAUUUUUUAUUAAAUGUCUCUUUCUCUGCAGAAGAAAGCAUGAAAGGAACAGAAAAGAGACGGCAGAGAGACGGACAAACAGAAUGAGAAAAAAAAAAAAAAAAAAAAAAAGGAGAGGAAAGUAAACGUGGAAAAGAAACGACGUGCUAGAGAGAGAGCAGACGGAACUUGCUUUCCGUCUUGCAGGAGGGGAAGCCGGCUUGUUUUCGGCUCGGUUGAAAGCGAGCCAAUCUUGCUUUUGGGUCACAGGAUCCCAGAUGAGAUCUAGUCAGUUUAUUUUUUUUUGUUUGUUUGUUUCUAAGCAAAGUGGGAAGGGAAAAUGAGAAUAAAGCGUGUCUAGAGAAAAGGAGAAUAAAGAGUGAUUAGAGAAAGAGAAUAGAAAGCGUGUAAAGAAAAAUAGAGUAUAGUGUUCGAGAGUGAAAAGAAAGGGAGACAGGAAGCGGACAUAGAAAAAAGUGAUAAAUAUGGUAAUAAAGAGAAAGAGAGAGAAAAAAAAUAUAGGAAAAGAAAGGAAAAUGAUUAAUUCAAUUUUUUUU